AUGCCCUCGGGCGAAUUCCCGCAGACCAGUCCGACGACCCGGACCUUGAAGCACUUGUCAAGAUCCUAUUCGAAGGGCACUUCUCAAUUAGCUCCUGGGAGUCCGAGGAGGCAGCUGAGGCUUGCGAAUGGUCUGCACGAUGCUGCUCGUUACGAGCUCGAACCUAAGCACAUACGCCUGCUUGCUGAGAAACUUCGACGGGGCGCCCUCGACGACAAGCUCAUUGAGCCGCGUCUUUAUCGCCACAUCAACGAGCUUCCACGGAUUGUGGACUAUGAUGGGGAUGACGCAAAGGAGGCCCUCUACACCAGUCUCGAUGUAUUCAAGUUGAUGAUCCAGAGCAUCAUCAACCACAUCAAGAAGGCAACGUUGCAGCAAUGCCAUAAAAUGUGCGGGCAUUCAGAGCCUCUGUUUCCAAGACUGGAUAUUCCUGCUCUCCUCCGGGAGCUUGCUGAGGGCGCAUCUGCUGACCAGCAGCGCACCAUCGUCAAGGAAUUGGCCAUUGCGGCCCACUGCUGGACGGAGAAUCUCUGA